AUGACAAACCACACGGGCAAACCGUUUUACACAUGCGAGGCAGUCAGUCCUCUAUGUCCCGUCGAGGCCACGACCCUUGGUUACUAUCCCAUCCGAGGUUUCAACAUCUUCUUCGCGAUCGGCUUCGGGUUUGCAGGUGUCGCAACCCUGGUGCUGGGAACAUGGAAGAAGACUUGGAGUUAUAUGGCCUUCGUCGCGGCCGGGUGUCUGUUGGAACUCGCUGGCUACGCCGCGCGGGUCCCGCUGUCCGACAACCCCUGGAACUCGAGCGCCUUCCAGACGCAGAUAUGCGCCAUCAUCCUCGGCCCGACGCUGAUCUGCAUCUCCAUCUACCUGACCCUGAAGCACGUCUGCCUCUCGCUCAACCCGUCUCUGUCGCGCGUGCGCCCCGGCCUCUACCCCUUCAUCUUCCUCCCGCUGGACGUGUCGUGCCUGCUCGUGCAGGCCAUCGGCGGCGCGCUGGCCGCUAGCGCGGGAUACGACAACCGCGCGCUGCUGGAGAGCGGGAACCGCGCCAUCAUCGCGGGAAUCUGCCUGCAGGUCGUCGUCCUGAGCUUCUUCGGCACCGUCAGCGCCGACUACUACCUCCGCGUCAGGAGGUGGAUCCGCGGGCCCGACGCCGACCCCGAGGCCCUGGCUAUGUGGCAUGAUGCGAAGUUUAGGAGGUUUGUGUACGCCGUCACGGGCGCUUAUGCGGCGAUUCUGAUUCGCUGUAUUUAUCGUAUUGCCGAGAUGGCCGGAGGAUGGGGCAACAAAAUCAUGCAGGACGAGCCAUCGUUCAUCGUCCUGGAGAGCUUUAUGCUUGUCAUUGCGUGCAUCCUCCUCGCGGUCUUCCCGCCCGGGUUCCUCUUCCCCCAGAUGGCGGCGCGCAUGGCCACCCGCUCCAAGGGACGACGACGGUUCGGGAGGAAAAAGUCGGGCGAGAAGUCGGCCGAGGCUGCGGGGGGCGUGGAGUCGGGACGCGAGGCGGAGAUAACUGACUCCUGA